AUGAUCCUGUACACUUUCUGUACAUUCGUGGCACUCUCGUGGCUAUGUUAUCGGCUGUACAAGUUCGUUACGAUUCCGGUGAUUAAGAUCGUUUCGACUUUGAAAGUUGGUACACCGCCAGCAACAAAAGUUUCCAUUGAUAAGAUAUCCGAUAAGUCAAUAACUAUCCAUUGGGAGAAUGAACCUGUUACGAGAAAGCGUGGGAAGCGUCAGUCUGAGAAUAUAUCGCAUUUCUUGUUGUACCUGAAUAAUAUACAAGUGGCAAUAUUUCCUAACUCGCCGAGUUUUCUCUAUACUUGUUGCUUAAUCAACGGUUUGGAGAGUGGGAAGGAGUACCAGCUUGAUUUUAUUACAGUCAACAAUAUGGGAUUUAUCAAUAAACUUCCAUCGAUUUACUGUAUGACUAAGGCGGUGGCUUCACCUUCUGCCAAUGGUAGGAAGAACGGGAAGUGGAGGAAAAACACUUUGACAUCCACAGCUAGUUUAGCCGACUCUACAUCAAACUUUACCACUCCGGCUUACGCGAAUUUGACCUCGUUGAAGGAUUUGGAAUCCUAUUCGAUUGAAGAUCUAAAGAGGAUUCUUGUAUGUGCGCAGGAGGAUUUACACGACGUACUAUCGCAACAGUCGUCUUUACUUCAAGAUUUCCAGGAAUCUAAAUUGCAAUUGGAUUUGGAAGUCGAUAAUUUGAAAAAUUACUGGUCCCAUGAGAUCGAUCUAAGAAAAUCCUUGAGGUCCAAUAUCAAGUCACUCGAGAACUCUAAAUUGCUAUCCGAUUUAAAGCUAGAAAAGAUUGAUAAGAAUAUUGACCAAGCCAAUGCAAAGAUUCUCAAGAUGGAAAGAGACAUGGAGAACUGGUCACAUCAGGAUCAAGAACGAUUGAACAAAGAGGUACUAAGAGAGAAUUACAACAAACAAUUAAAGCUUAUCAAUGAAAAUGUCGAGUCCUUGAGUGAUAGGAUCAAGCAGUGUCAGCGCGAAGUUACUUUGCAGGAGGAUAAGAAUAAAGAAUUGAACUCUUUGAAGAAAAAUGCUAGUUCUUCUCAGCCAAAACAAACGGGUGUAUCAGAGGACAUGCCGUUGGCACUCCCUACUUUGCUAAAGAAACUCAAUGAGGCUACUAUGGAUAAGAGUGGACUCUUGGCCAAUAGUGGUGAGGAAUAUCUCUCCAAAUUGAACCCUAAUAGUCCCGUGGUAAAACUUGUAAGGGAUCAACUGAAGUUGGAUCAGGAUCUUGACUCGAAAUGGAAAAGCAAUAAAAACAAGAUGUCCAAGAGGAUUGAAACUCUGCAAGCUAUGUUCAGCGAGAUUAGUAUUGCAAACAGACGGCUCAGAUCAAAUUUAAUCAUUCAACCUUACGCAAAUGCUGACUCAAACGCAAACACAAACACACCACCCAACUCAAAAUCAGAUUCAAACGUUAACUUGGCUGCCAUUGCCAAUAACAUCAAUUCAAGCAGUAAUUCCUCUACCAAUUUGAAUGAAAAAGACGCCAACAUCAAUUCACCUCCUAUAAGUCACAGAAGCGUCAUUGAUAAUAUUGGCACGGUACCUAUCGCCAACAGUCGCUCUGUCGAUAAUUCAGAGGCUAACCCUCAUUUAAUCUUGCACAACCCUUCCACAUAUUCCAGCAAUGAACCUAUGCCAUCAGAAAUGAACAAUAAUGCAUUCUCCACAGGUAGGCCACACACAGCAUCUUUACUUGCAAAUACUAAUCAUAUGCAUCAAGUGUUUCCCUGGAGUAGUGAACAGCAGCAACAGCAGCAAGUCGAAUUGGAGCAAGCAUUCGAAUAUGACAACGCUAGUCAUCUCAUUUCAGGUCUACAGAAUAUCAUGUAUGAUGAGACUGAGUACCCUGAAAGCAUAAGCAACUACUCAAAGGGGUUCACCACCGACCAAUUGGAUAACUAUUGGACAAAUCAAGGCAUGGGUACAAAUAACUACGAAGCUCCCUCCUAUCCCAUGAACUAUACAUCAUACGCGAGUAAUGAAAGUUACGGCCCCACUGUGCCUUUUUCUACAGCUACGGGACCUCGUUCUCCCUCCACGCCACCAAAUUUGGCACCAAGUCAAAGUCUAUUAGCUGCUACCUUAGUCGAACCUUCAAUGGCCAAUUUUGGAGCUUCUUUAUCUAUGAACCAUUCUGAAUCCUUCCACGCAGUCGACAGUCCCGCAUCUAAUUCAGCAGAUGGGAAACAGAUUAACCGCACUUUGCUGCAUAACGCACUUCCAUUAGAAGCUCCUUUGCCAUCGAAUGAGGAUGGCGCACAUCCGCAAGACACACAUGUCCACCUACAAGCACCAUCUUUUAACUUCAUGUGGCACUCUCCUCCUUCACAUUCUACUGCCUCCAAGACAGAUACUAAACACGUUAGAAAUGCAAGCACCGCAAGCAACGGCAGCAACAACUCCACUUGGAGUAAACUGAACUGGAGGAACUGGUCACCUCAAGCACCGCCUCAAUCGGAAGAAGUGAUAGAGGAGACUCAAUCACCUCCACCUAUCCCACGCUCUGCAUCUCACAAAGAUGCUGUUCCACCAGUUAAUACAAACGGGCGGCGAAUGUCAAGGUUGUUAUCGAGAAGUGGUAUGAACAGUAUCUUCAAACUACCCAGUCAUGAAGAAAGAAAAUAG